CCUUGUCAGCUAGUAGGCAAGGACGCUCUGGCAGGUUCACAGAAUUGCGUUGAUUCCUGACAUUGCUAUACGCGCGCGCCCCUGGCGUCGAGUUAUGUCCUCCGCCUCCGCCCCUGCAGCUGUGUUCACCCCGCCACCUCCUGGCCUGAACUACACCGCGGCCCUGGAUCCUUCGAUCAAGUUCCUACUCAUCGGGACUGCCUGUUCCGCCACGCUCAUUCCUAUCGCGGUCAUGCUCUUCUUCUUUUCGACUCCUUCUGGCCGACGACAGCCGGUGUUUAUCCUUAACGUAUUCAUCAUCGCGUUGGGGCUCGCCGAAGGAGGGGUCAAUAUCUAUAACCAGACGAGAUCCAUGCUCGCGCUACCGGUCUCGGUGGAACUGUCGAUCGCCUUCGCGUGCUCCUCGAUCCUCGUUCCCGCACUCGCAGACACUGUGUUGUUAUUGCGAGUAUUCACAGUAUACCGCCCAAGCCAGAUGACGACCAAGUGCAUAGCCGCGAUAUAUGGGCCGAUCUCGAUGGUCAAGAUCGCGCGCAUGGUUGUCGAGAUUGUCUUCGUCGUCCGGUGGAGCCGAGCUAUCGCAGGUGGCGCUGUUGGUAGCAAUAUCCUUAUAGUCGGCCAGAUAGCCUGGCGCACACCAUACGUUAAAGCUGCGUGGGUUCUGCAGCUAGCGGAUUCUAGUUUCGCCUCCGCCAUAUUCCUCUUCCGUUUAAGGAAGGGGAGACUACGUACCAACCGUAUCCACGUUCCAGGUGCCGAUAAUGACACCAACAUAUCAGGGACAACGCAAAAUACGUACUACGACCGUCUUCGGACGCUGUUCUGGAUCUCCGCGUCCAACUUCGUGUUCCCCGUCGUUCUCGACCUCACGCUGCUCGUCCUGGCCUUCAGUGAGGACAACUUCCUGACCGGCACUUAUGUCCUCAUGGUCUCCAACUACGUAGACAUCAUCGGCGUGCUGCUCGCGACGAUAUGGUCGACAAGCACCAAGUACGCCCAGCCCCUCAUGCCCGGGGGCGAGGUCAGCGAGUUCCGCACCACGCGUUCACUCAGCCCCCCACGGUUCGCCGUCUCGGUCACCACGGUCGAAGAGCGACUGGAUAGCCCUAGCAGCCAGGACAUCCCGAUGACGGUCUUCAAGCCGGCGGGCACCUCGGGCGCGCAUACCCAGGCCUAGGACGAUCCGCUCCACACUCAUUAUGACAUCCCGCGCGAGCGCGAGCAUGUCUUCGCAUACCUAUCUCCGCACACGUGUCUUUGCGCAUUCGACCCAGCUAUCCCGCUGUCCCACUCCUUCUGCUGCAUGGCUAUCUCCACCGUCUCUUGCAUCACAUCGCAUAUAUACUCAUACUCAUACUCAUACUCAUACUCAUACUCAUACUCAUACUCAUCUCCGUCAUUCUCUUUCCGCAUUCCCCGCCAUUGGUUGGCUCUGGUACCUCACUACAGUGUAGCAUAGUUUUCUCCGUCCACAUUUACCGACGCAACAUCUUGUUUUAGUGUAACACCCAGAAUAAGUACAAG